AUGGUCAGGUACGCUAUUGUUGCCUUUGCCGGUUUGGCCGCGGCGUUGCCGCUGAAUAUCAACCUCGGGGCUUACUCACCAGCCCUGGUUGUCGGUGAUGGUGAAAUCAGCUUUGGAGGUAGGCAGGACGUGUCGAACUUGAUCACUGCGCUCGAAGGCGCUGCGGUUAACGCAGCCGCAGGCGCAGCCAAUGCAGCGGGCGGAGCUAGUGAGGCAGCUGGUGUUGCCAACAAUGCAGCGGUUGCUGCCGCUUCCGCCUCCACCGUCCCGGCACCGGUGCCGAACACCGUCGAGCAGGCGUCAACGGACCCGGUCCUCACCGAGCAGGCCCAGCAAAUAGCUGGUCUGCAAGGGCUGGGCAAGGCUAUCGCGCCCCGUGUUGGUACGGAGGCCGAGAAAGUCGGCAAGAGAGACCUUGCCGGGUUCGACCGGGCUCUUACCUACGCCGAAGCUGCUUUAGUCAAGGGACCCAAGGUCGAGCUGGGCACCGGUGCUGAGGGCUCUGGUGUCGGCAUCAUCGUCGAGCACCCUGCAGCCGGUGCCGCCAGAAAACGCGACACGGACGAGGUCACCGCUCCAAGGCGCCGGGCGAAAGUAACUACCAUGUAUAUCCGCCGCGGCAUCCCCGCCUCCCUCAACUCCCGCUCCGACGAAGCAGCCGCCGCCGUUGUCGCCGCCGCCGCCCAGGCUGCCCCGCCCGUCGUCCUCUCCAAGCGCGACGUCAGUGCCUUUGACGAGGUCAACUUGAAUGUCGACGGUGACGCGGGCGUUACCAUGACGGUGGUUGAGUCUUUUGAUGAUGAAGGGGAGGAUGUGGAUGAGGAUGAUGAUGAGGAUGCUGAAUGA